CUAACUUCGUGUUUCUUAUAGCAAAGUUUCGCUUCUUUUCAUAUAUUGCAAGAAUGUCCGAAACCAAUAUGGAGUUCUGCAAUAGUUACUUUCUGGUCGAUCCGACCAAAGCAAGUGUUUUUGAUCUUCUCCUCCUUUUGUUUUUACCAAAUCUGAUCAGUAAAAGAUUCAUAGACUCUACACCGGAUACGCUUAAAAGCGUCCGGAGAAGUUUCGCGAGUCGAUGGAUCAUAGCGUUGGCCGUUUUGGUUCAAAAAAUAUUAAUAUUAAUCAGAAAACCCAUGGGAUUCAUAGGUAGUUUGCUCACCUAUUGGCCCAAUCUUCUUUCGGAAAAUGGUGGCUUCUUCAAGUUGAUACUUCAUCUUGUGACAGGAAAACUGGUGAAGCCUGAGGAAUCGUCGGCUACAUAUACGUCUUUUAUAGGAUGCUCAGAUCGAAGAAUAGAGCUGGACGAGAAAAUAAAUGUUGGUACGAUCGAAUACAAGUCGAUGUUGUCAAUAAUGGCAUCUAAAAUCGCUUAUGAAAACAAAUCUUUCAUCACUUCCGUUGUCAAGAAUACUUGGAAGAUGGACUUCGUGGGUUUCUAUGACUUUUACAACGCUUACCAAGAAAGAAACCUGACACAAGCCUUCGUAUUCAAGGCGUCGAGCACAAACCCGAAUCUCAUCGUCGUCAGUUUCAGAGGAACCGAACCUUUCGAUGCAGAUGAUUGGUGCACCGAUCUCGACGUCUCUUGGUACGAAAUGAAGAACGUAGGAAAAAUUCAUGCUGGGUUCUCCAGAGCACUAGGCCUACAGAAAAACGGAUGGCCGAAAGAAAAUAUAAGUCUCAUACACCAAUAUGCUUACUAUACUAUCAGACAAAAACUUAGGGACAUGCUUGCCAUAAACAAAAACCUUAAAUUUAUCCUGACGGGUCACAGCCUUGGUGGCGCAAUAGCUGCUCUGUUUCCAGCGAUUCUUGCGGUUCACGGUGAGGAUGAGCUACUUGAUAAGCUAGAGGGGGUCUACACGUUUGGACAGCCACGUAUUGGGGACGAGCAAUUUGGGGAGUAUAUGAAGGAAGUGGUAAGAAAGCAUGGAAUUGAGUAUGAGAGGUUUGUUUACAACAAUGAUAUGGUUCCUAGAGUCCCCUUCGAUGACAAGAUUUUAUUCUCAUACAAGCACUAUGGAUCUUGCAAUUACUUCAACAGUCUCUACAAAGGAAAGGUAAGGAAAGAUGCACCGAAUGCAAACUACAUCAACUUGUUGUGGUUAAUACCGACGAUUUUAAUUGGUGCCUGGGAGUUUAUAAGGAGUUUCAUAAUACAGUUUUGGAAAGGCAAAGAGUACAAAGAGAAUUGGAUGAUGAGAUCUGUUAGGAUUGUGGGAAUAGUACUCCCUGGUAUGUCUAAUCAUUUCCCAUGUGAUUAUGUCAACUCCACGCGGUUGGGAGGCUUGGCUCGCCCAUCUAUUACUAGUCAUGAAGAUAAAAUUGCACUCAUUGCUUAAAAUUUAAACUACACUGAAUAUCUACUAUGUCUGCUCUUGUUGGAUUCGACUCUCAUUGUACUUUUAUGUAUGUUUAUGUUCCGCUUUCUAUCUUUUAUAUGUUGGCAAGAUUCUGAGCUUAUUAAUAAGAAUGUGUUUAAUAAGAUUUAUUU